AUGAAGUAUGAGAAAUGGAAAGAACGCUUAAUCCAUUUUGUACUUCAGUUAUCGCUGCAGAAGAUUAUAAGAAGAAAUAAGCGAGCAUUUGAUCUAGCACAAAUUGAAUCAAAUCUGGAGGAAGAGGAAGAGCAUCGCAUUCGAUGGGAACUAUUGAGAAUAGCAGAUCCGAUCGGAUUACAAGAUAAAAUAUGUCUGGAUAAAUGUAACGAAAAUUUACGACUUGGUCUUGACAUGGUCAAGGCGCACAUUGCAUUUGGCGUUAUCAAUGUACCAUCAGUGGAAGAUGAAAGUGAUCUUAAAUUGUUUUGUCGCUUAGAUGAUGAGCAUAGUCGGUGCUUAAGUAAUUGUGGUUUUAUGAUACAAUACAAUAUGAAUGAUUACAUUUGUAAGGAUCAUUAUCAAGAGAUGAUCUAUUUAUUACCCUGCUAUAGACAUGUAAUAUCCAUGUUAAGGCGUGAAUGUGGCGCAAAAAGAUGUGGUACUUAUACAAAUAAUGAUAAUACAACUAUCGAUAAUGCAAAUCGAUGUCGUUUGUUGUUGUGUAAUGUUGAAUGCACAACAAAUGUACUCAUUCGACAUUGCACUAAUGAAUAUGGUCAAAAAGCUGCUCGUUUUAUUAGAAAUUACACAAGCCAACAGGUAUCAUUUUGGAUGGAAGGUUUGAUAAAAGAAUUAAAUGAUACGAUGAGAAAUCCGAUGAUAACAAUACCACCCUUAUGCUCCAGACUUAUUUGCCAUAAUUCUCAAUGCCUUUUGUAG